CGUCAUGAAUUUACAUUAUUUUAUCAAGCAAGAAAGUUUUAUUUCGUGCGGUGCAUAGUUUUGUUGUUUAAAAGAUAUUGAGGAAACUUUAUAAUAUAUAUUAACACAAUUUAAAAUGCAUAUGUAUAUAGUUUCCUAAAAAAGAAUUGAUAAAUAUUGAAAACUAAGCUUUGUAAAGUAGGUAGACUCACAGUAAAGUCGGCAUCGCAACCACAUUCGACAAUGAAAGUUACAGUUACUACUCUAAACGACGAAAUAUUCGUCUUAGAUGUGUCUGAGGAUUUGGAAUUGGAAAAUUUCAAGGCUUUUUGCGAAAUAGAAUCAGGAUUCCCAGCUAAAGAUAUUACGUUGAAUUUCAAUGGCAAGCCUCUAUUAGACGACAAGAAAUCACUCAAGGAGCACGGUGUGCAUGACGGAGACGUGCUGGUGCUGCUGCACAUGCUGCAGCACGCGCCUGAACUCAAUGCUACCGACUCCAGCCAAGCUUUACCAACAGGCCUGGCAAGCCUGGACUUCAGCAAUAUCCAAGUGCCAGCAGGUGCAAGCACGGCAAGUACAUCCAUGGCAGCCCGGGGUCCACCUGUGGAAGAAGACCCUCGUAUAAUAAGAGAAAUGUUUUUGGCAAAUCCGGACCAACUGGCUCUCCUCAAACAGAACAAUCCUAGACUAGCUGAUGCACUUACUAGUGGUAAUCUUGAUACCUUUGCUGGUGUCCUCCGUGAACAAGUGUCUGCUAGAACUGAACGCCAACAACAAAGAAUAAGAAUGAUGAACUCUGAUCCAUUUGACACAGAAGCCCAGAGAAUGAUUGCUGAAGAAAUCAGACAAAAAAACAUAGAGGCCAAUAUGGAAGCGGCUAUGGAAUACAACCCAGAGACCUUUGGAACUGUGGUUAUGCUUUACAUCAACUGCCAUGUCAAUGGCUUUCCCGUCAAGGCUUUUAUAGAUUCUGGUGCACAAACAACUAUCAUGUCCGCAGCCUGUGCAGAAAGAUGCAAUAUCAUGCGACUUGUUGACACCAGAUGGGCGGGCAUUGCUAAAGGUGUUGGAGUGCAGAGAAUUAUAGGCCGCAUUCACAUGGUGCAAAUGAGAAUAGAAAAAGACUUUCUGACGACAUCAUUCUCAGUUUUAGAGGAACAGCCAAUGGAUAUGCUACUUGGAUUAGACAUGUUAAAGAGACAUCAGUGCAAUAUAGACUUGGAGAGGAAUGUGCUACGCAUAGGAACCACAGGCACUGAAACCCCAUUCUUGCCAGAAUCUGAUCUGCCCGAGUGUGCCCGCCUGUCCGGCACUUCAGAGGAUGAAAUAGUUAACCAAUCCAUGCGUGACCAUGAAGAGAGACAAGUCAAAGAAGCAAUUGAAAAGUCUAAAGCAGGAAGCAGUCCAGGAGCGAGGUCUGCCGGCGCCCAGGCGGCCGGCUCCACGUCCGCGCAGAGCUCGAGCCAGAGAAUCGUUAUAGGUGACCCCAGCUUGACGAUCUUAUCUACGGACUCUUUCGGCGAAACGGAGGUGGAGGAAAUCGUAGCCUUGGGAUUCACGAGAGAGCAGGCUAUCGUGGAACUCCGUCGGUUUAAUGGCGACAAGACGCAGGCAACCGUUGCGCUAUUUGCGAAGUCACUUAAGUUCUGAUGACGAACAGUUGCGCUUUCUUCUUUGCCUUUACUGUUUGGUAAAUAUAAAAAUAUCACUAGUAGAAUAACGGGAGCUAAGUUAUGUCGAGUGAACGUUGCCAUAAUUUCAACGGUCUCGUCAUUUCAUUAAGGCUCAUUUAGACUAUGCAUAACCUCACAUACUAGUUUAAAUAUUACCAGCAAUAAAUAUUCAGUCGAUUGGUUGAAUUGGUUCUAUCUCAAUCAAUAGUCGGCGAUAUAACUACACUGGCAUGCGAGAUAUCGCACCGACUAUCUGAGCCUUUAUAGUUAUACAUUUUAUUUUGACCAAAUAGUUCUUAGUCACACUAGGUUGUAACGGUUUGGUUGGGUACUACACUCGGAAAUAUAAAACACGAAAUCUA